CUCUGUUAUUCCCCACUGUUGGUGAUCACUUUGAAACUGAGCAACCCCUCUUUGCUCCAAUAGACGGAAGCAACCUCUGGCUAUAUUAUCUUCAAGUUCUUACCUCUCCCUUUCACUCAGCUCACAAGAUCAAAUUGCAUUUCUUUCAUGAUUUUCUAGCACUCUAGCUGCCUGAUUUGGUGAAAAAGGAAAAAAAAAAAAAAAAGCAGGUGAUAAAUCUCCUUUAUGCCUGGAAGGUUAAACUAACUUCAACUCCGUUGGGGUGGAGGGAACCUUUCCAAGAAAUUUCUACAGGAACUUUGCUGAAAUCAUCAGCAAGAUGAAGAAAAGGCACAUGCUUGUGGCUACCGUCUUCUUACUGCUUAGCCAUGCCACUUUACCUCUGGAUGCUAACUCUGAAGAUGAGGAAGAACAAGGGGAUAUUUUAGAGAUGUAUUUACCACCACCAAAACUUAUGCGAUCAAGUUGUGCCUACAAAGCUGAUGAAGGACCAUGUAAAGCGAUGCUAAAGAGAUUUUUCUACAACAUUUACACUCAACGAUGUGAAGAAUUUAUAUAUGGCGGAUGUGAAGGCAAUGAAAAUAGAUUUGACAGUCUGGAAGACUGCCAGAAACAGUGUUUAGCAGAAUACCCAUGGAAGACUGUAAAGACAAAAUUUCAACAAGAAAAGCCUGAAAUCUGUUUUUUGGAACAAGAUUCUGGAAUUUGUCGAGGAUUACUUCCCAGGUAUUUCUAUAAUAAUCAAUCCAAACAGUGUGAACCUUUCAAGUAUGGCGGGUGCCUAGGCAAUGCCAACAACUUCGAAUCAUUGGAAGAAUGCAGGAAUGUCUGUGAGGAUGGAUUGGUUGCCACACAAGUAGAUCAUGGUGAAAAAAUAGCAGAUCCAGCAAAUAAUAUCUCCUCAACGGCCAAGCCAACUGAAGUUUGGAAACUUUUUGAAUUUUACGGCCCUUCUUGGUGUCUGACUCCUGCAGAUAGAGGACUUUGCAAGGCCAAUGAGAAAAGAUUUUAUUUUAAUUCUGCAAUUGGAAAAUGUCGUUCUUUUAACUACAGUGGAUGUGGUGGGAAUGAAAAUAAUUUCAUUUCUAAAAAAUCAUGUCUCAAGACUUGUAAGAAAGGUUUUAGUAGACGAGUUAAAGGUGGAUUAAUCAAAACCAAGAGAAAAAGAAAGAAACAACCAGUGAAGAUAAUAUAUGAAGAAAUCAUUGUUGAAAAGACAUAGCUUCCUUGCAAAAUAACAUGAGAUUGAAGGCAACCCAUUAUAUGAUAUUGUACUUGCAAAAUGCAGAAUGGAUUGCAGUUUAGACAAAUUAGCAAAAAAUAAUUCCUUGAUUACACUCUAGAAAUUUAUUUUAAUCAUACUGCAAUAAAUGAUUUUAUAAAAUGUA